CUCUAUCCGCAGCUAUUCAUGCUCCUGCCUAUCUCUGCCUGCCCUGGGAGUGACUAUAGUCUUGUCAACAGUGUUGUGGAGGCAAUGAAUAUUCAUGAGCAGCUGAGGCAGGGCUGUGCCUCUGGAUUGCUUCUUCUGAGCCAUCAUCAUCACCAUUGUACAGUUUAUCUGCUUUUCCAGGAAGAACACUAGAAGCCGGCAGGAUCUGACCAGGCUGGAGAGGAUACAGGGACUAGGAUGCUGAGCUAGGAAGGACCAUUCUCCCCCUGCAGUCUUUGUCCUGAUGCUGAGAAUCUGGUGACUGGACCUGUGAUCUCUGCAGCAGCCAAACUGAAAUUGACGGUGUCUUCUCAGCCUCCACUCCUGAGGUGCUCAGAGAUGGAGGCCCCGUUGGUGUCCCUGGAUGAGGAGUUUGAAGAUGUCAGGUCUUACUCCGAGGAUCGAGAAGACAAGUCGAGGAGCAUCUAUAUGUCACCUUCAAGACAUCUGGAGGACGCUUCCCUUUCUGAGCUAGAAAACUUCAGCUCUGAGAUUAUCAGUUUCAAGUCAAUGGAAGACUUGGUCAAUGAGUUUGAUGAAAAGCUCAAUGUUUGUUUUCGAAAUUACAAUACCAAAACGGAGAACUUGGCCCCUGUAAAGAAUCAUCUGCAGAUUCAGGAGGAGGAGGAAAGGCUCAGAGAUGAGGAAGUCUGGGACGCCCUGACCGACAACUACAUUCCAUUAAAUGGUGAAAAAUGGAGAGAACAGAGUGAAGAGCUGCUGAAUGGUAACCUGUCCGACACCGAGUUCCAUGAAAAAGAGGAAGAAGAACUGAAUGAGAAGAGUGAGAAUGAUUCUGGUAUAAAUGAGGAGCCACUGCUGACUGCGGACCAGGUGAUUGAAGAGAUUGAGGAGAUGAUGCAGAACUCCCCAGACCCUGAAGAAGAACUCGAAGAAGAAGAGAAUGACUUGGAAGAGGUUUCAUCUCGCUCGGACACGGUUCUCCUUCAGGAAAUGCAGGCCCUGAGUCAGAACUUUAACAAUAACUGGACCACGGAGGCAGGUCUGCAGCACAUGAACAGUGAGGAGCUGACGCAAUUACUGGUGCGAGUGGAGCAGGCAAUCUGCGACUAUUCUGAAGAGCUGGUGCAGCAUCUUGCCCGACGGGAUGAGCUGGAGUUUGAGAAGGAGGUGAAGAAUUCCUUCAUCACAGCUUUGUUGGAGGUUCAGAACAAGCAGAAGGAACACAGAGAGCUUGUGAAGAAGAGGAGGAAAGAGAAGGGUCUCAGUCUGCAGAGCAACCGCUCCGAGAGAAACAGCCAGAUGCCCAUGAAGCGCUUCAGCAUGGAAGGAAUCUCCAAUAUUCUACAGACAGGAAUCAGACAAACAUUUGGUAAUUCAGGGAAUGAGAAGCAGUAUCUGAAUACAGUCAUCCCAUAUGAGAAGAAACCAACACCCCCAACUGUUGAGGACCUGCAGAUGCUGACUAACAUAUUAUUCGCUAUGAAAGAAGACAGUGACAAGGUCCCUAUGUUAUUAACAGACUACAUUCUAAAAGUGCUCUGCCCAACCUAACGUGUGCCACCCGGAUGGCAGAUCAGGGAGAACAUUCAUGUCACAUCAGGACUGCAUGACAUAACAUUUACAUUUUGCAUUGAAUUAAUCCGAGUUAAGGGCCGGUAUUGAUUAUUACCUUUUGCUUUCUCAUCAGUUUAAUCACAAUGCGCUCAGAGAAACACAGAAUUAACCCUAUUAGGUUUUGUGUUACCCAUGAGCUCUAUGGUUCGUUUUCUACCAAGACUUCUGCCCCCUGCUGGAAACCAGUAGCAGUCCGACGCCUUGUGCUAGAACCCGACCUAUCAGGGUAACGUGGGGUGGAUUUGGGGCUAUUGUUUUGCUCUGUACAGAUGUAUAAUUCUAUUUACUAGGACACAUGAUGGAUUACUAGUAGAGAUGAGCGAACUUACAGUAAAUUCGAUUCGUCACGAACUUCUCGGCUCGGCAGUUGAUGACUUAUC